AUGGCGUCAGGAACAGCGAAAUCGCUCGAAAAUCAUCCACUAUUGGGAGCAGCGAAGCUACGACAAUCACUUACAAAAACGAGGAAAUUGAAUACAUUACUCAAUGCUGUGAAGAAAUUUCAAGAUGAGAAUGGCAUCAAGAUGGAUACGCUACCACCAGCAUUACAGCUGCUAGAUCUACACAAAAUAAAACGCCACGAUUUGUACGAACAGGCUGCGAUGGAUAUUUCUGAGCAUGUAGUCGCUCGAAUUCGUGAGCUAGGUGAAAAUGGUUCAUUUGAAUCAGUCAAGAAACUUGAAGAACAGUUGGGAAAAUGUUUCGACAUGUUCCCACUUCCGCAGUUUCGUCCAAUUGUGUUGGAAAAUCUCAAACAGCUACCGAAAAUACCAGACAAUUAUCUUAAUACAAUAAUGGGCGACAGGGAUUUCUAUGAUGCUUGUCCGCUAACAGUGCAGCAGCAGAUUUGGCUGCGUAACAACGAUCUAUUCGUGGAAGCGUUUAGUCCUCUCAUUGAGUGCUAUUUGAAAAGAAAACAAGAUCUCUUAUUAUCUGUGGAGCCAUCAAAUACUAACUUCUUUACGUUCGAAACAACCAAAGCACGUCGCCAAUGGAGUGAGAUCAAAGAUUUGAUCAAGUUUUGUGGCAGUCACGAAGAACUGUUCAAGUCAAUGACUUCAUACAUUCGAGAUCUUUUUGCUGCAACUGGCGAUGCAAUGUUGUGUUCAUUGAGGUACGAGUUGAUCAUGGCUGCACAUGAUGCUGGUAUUGAAUGUUUGGUGAAGUCGGAUCCAUGCCAUGAUUUCGCUUGGUGUCUCGAAGCGUGCAUACGAGACAAGCAUUUAGAAAGCCACCAAACGACGCGACUGCGGCACAUGCUGGACAUGUUUCCAAAGUCUUACCAUGAGAGUGUAACUGACCUUGCAAUGAUAGCCGGUGACGUUCAUGUCAUUCACUUCCUGUGUUCUAUGACUGUGAAAAAGUUGCGAGAUUCGGGAGGGACUCAUUUACCCCGUGAUAUGCCGUCAGUCGUCGUUAUGGUGAGGGUGUUGUCCUUCGGAUGUGCUGCGAAAGAUUUGGUUUCUAAGAAAGUACAACCCGGUGAGGUUCUGGAUUCAGUGUUUUUGAACCGCUUCUUGCCAGAGUUCCAAACGCUCAUGGUUGAGGAUUGCACUAGAGCCGAAAUAAUGCGCAACAAAAAAGAUCUUGAGGAAGAAGUGGAUCUAAGCAAUUUGCUGAGCAAGCCAUCAGAUCAAAUGAUAACUUUUCUAAAGGCAAGUCGACUGGCUGCUCUACUUUGGUAUCACUGUUGUCUUGAUAUGCUGCCCAGCAAGAAAAGGAUCGGUGAUUUGCGCGGACUUGCUCGAUAUGUGGAAGUUCUUCCCUUGCUUAAAGAUAAUAUAGUUUGCUCCGGAGUUUGGUGUCACCUUAUUUUUCAUCGCCUUAUUCAUUCAAACCAGUACGAAGCCGCCCUAGCAGAUCAGGCCAUCUACGCCGCCUUAAUCGACCAGCUUUUGCUGAAGAAUCUGUUGACGGAUCGCUGUGUGAAGUAUCAGCUGUUCAAGCUAAUCAGCCAGAUUGGCUUUAUUUGGGGACAGCCACACUGCAUGACUAUCAUGAGGGAUUUUGAUGUUGAAUUCUUCAAGAGCUCUAAUCACCCAGAUAUGGACUACUUCAUAGAAGAAUAUAAUAAAUUGCGUGAAAGAAUAAUUCCAAAACCAAUCGAAGGGAUUUUAGAGGCGGACCUUGAACAGCCGUCUUCAUCAAAGCCAACACCAACGGUACCACCGGUGGCGCCUAUGGGAUCUGCUUCACCAGCACCUGGCAUUCACUACAAUAUGUUCGCUGUGCAAAAGUGUAUGUCAAAUUCAAAUCUGGAGCCGUUGCCAUACAGGAGACCUUUCGGAGGGCCUGGUUCUUCUAGUAGCCGUACACUUGCCGAAUUGGCGGCAUCGGUAACUACACCACAUGAUGAGGAUGCUUUCAUAGAUGUAACAGGUCUAGCUAAAGUCAGACAAGCAGUGACAGGCGCUUGCCGAAAAUGUGGUUAUCCAGGACAUCUUCCAUUUCAGUGUAGAAAUUACAUUCAAUUGAAGCCUGGACAAUCAACUGUCAUUGACGUUAGCUCGACAAGUAGCGAAAGCAGUGAUAAAGAAACUCCACUAGUGGAAAAGACCAGAAAGAAGCUAAGGAAAAAGGACAAAAAGGAGAAGAAGAAAAAGAAGAAGAAAAGACAUAGGAAACACAGCAGCAGCUCUUCUGACUCUGAUGGAUCUAACCAUGAAAAGAAAAGCAAAAAGAAGAGGAGACAUUCAAGCAGUUCAUCUGAUGAGCAUCGAAAAUCUAAAAAGAAGAAAAAGCAUCAAGAAGGACGUCAGAACAGGAAAUAA